AGUGAGCACGUGAGUCGGAAAUGGCGAAACGCGUUUGUUGCGUUUCUUGGCUUCCUCUUCAAAAAUCCGCUAGCUCUUGGCAUCUUAAUCGUUUGUCUUAAAGCGGCAAAUAUGCCGUCUGAUGCCGCUAAGAAACGCCAAGCAAAGAAGAAAUCUCAGGCACAAGCUAGAGGAAAGCCAAAGAAUACGAAUAAUGACAAAAAAACUGCAGAAAACGAAGUAGAACCUGUUGUAAAUGGCGCGGCGAAUGGCGAAUCAAGUCUAUCUAUAGCAUCGUGUACCGGCGUUUUAGCUUCUCAUCCGGAGUCAAGAGAUGUUCACAUUGAAAAUUUUUCAAUUACUUUUCACGGAGUUGAACUGCUAAGUGACACACGGUUAGAGUUGAAUUGUGGCAGAAGAUACGGGUUGUUGGGAUUGAAUGGUUGUGGUAAAUCAACAUUGAUGAAUGUUAUAGCACAUCGUGAAAUUCCAAUUCCAGAUCAUAUUGAUAUAUUUCAUUUGUCAAAUGAAAUAAUAGCAAGUGAUAAGACUGCUUUGGAAUGUGUUGUCGAAGUGAAUGAGGAACGAGCUCGUCUCGAACAUGAAGCUGAAAAGUUGACUUCUGAAGGAGAUCAAGGCAGUGAAAGGUUGAUGUAUGUGUACGAACGUUUGGAAGAGCUUGAUGUUGACAAAGCUGUUGCUCAAGCUGCUAGAAUCUUAAAUGGUCUUGGUUUUACUUCAACCAUGCAAAGAACUAUGACAAAAGAUUUCUCUGGUGGUUGGAGAAUGAGAAUAGCGCUUGCUAGAGCUCUUUUUGUUCGACCAACUUUACUAUUACUUGAUGAACCCACAAAUCAUUUGGAUUUAGAUGCAUGCGUGUGGCUUGAAGAAGAAUUAAAAAAGUACAAACGAAUAUUAGUUGUGGUUUCUCAUUCGCAAGAUUUUUUAAAUGGUGUUUGUACAAACAUUAUACAUAUGCAAGAUAAAGUUCUGAAAUAUUAUGGGGGUAAUUUUGACAGUUAUGUUAAAACUAGAGCUGAACUUGAAGAAAAUCAAAUGAAACAAUACAACUGGGAGCAAGAUCAAAUAAAACACAUGAAAGACUACAUUGCAAGAUUUGGACAUGGAAGUGCUAAACUGGCACAACAAGCACAAAGUAAGGAAAAAGUUUUGGCGAAAAUGGUUGCUGGUGGUCUAACAGAAAAAGUGAAGAAGGACAAGGUGAUAUCAUUUAGUUUCCCCAGCUGUGAAAAACUACAUCCUCCUGUCAUUCAAGUACAGCAUGUUUCUUUUAAAUAUUCUCAAGAUAAGCCACUUUUGUACAAAGAUUUGGAUUUUGGUAUCGACUUGGACACAAGAUUAGCGUUGGUUGGCCCAAAUGGUGCUGGCAAAAGUACUCUUCUAAAGCUUCUCGAUGGUACGUUAACACCAACUGAUGGCUUAAUACGCCGACAUAACCAUCUCAAAAUUGGACGUUACCAUCAGCAUCUUCAAGAUAUGCUGGAUUUAGAAAUGUCUGCAGUUUCUUGGAUGAUGCAGUGUUUUCCAGAAAUAAAAGAAAUCGAUGACAUGAGGAAGUCUAUUGGGAGAUAUGGUUUAAGUGGUAAACAACAGAUGUGUCCAAUGAAGAAUUUAUCUGACGGCCAACGUUGUCGAGUUGUAUUUGCUUGGCUUGCAUUUCAAGGACCACAUCUUCUUUUGUUAGACGAACCUACCAAUCAUUUAGAUAUCGAAACAAUCGACGCUCUCGCUGAUGCACUUAAUGAUUUUGAUGGCGGAAUGUUAUUAGUGAGCCAUGACUUUAGACUUAUUAAUCAGGUUGCCAAAGCAAUUUGGGUUUGUGAAAAUAAAGCGGUUACAAAGUGGGAAGGUGACAUAAUAUCUUACAAACGAACGCUGAAGAAAAAAGUUGAAAAAUAUGUUCAAGAGUAGGACAUAUAUUGCCACUUGCAGAGUGUGCAUAAUAUAUGUAUGUUUAUGACGAACUGAUAUGCUAAAGUACCAGAGUUGCUUUGCUUAUUUAAUAAGUACCUAGUCAUUUGUAUUAAUGUCUACUCUAAGGUAUACUGCAUUGACAGCAUUGGCAUUUAAACUAAAGAGAAUAAAUGUUUUGGAAUUGAAAUAUGAAAAGAAA